GUCGGCGUGAUGGACUGAGAUUUCCCUUUAUUUUUAGCUAAAUUUGGAGAAGGACAUGAUAAUGAUCGGAGCUGGACAGGCUUCUUAUCAAUCUUUUGUUUCUACCUCAACAAUGUCAUUCCUGGAACCAUCUUCUGUCCAGUUUACACGUGGUUCCCUCAAAAAGACUCCAAUAUGUCGUAAUAAUUAAUUUUAGUAAAUUUCUCUUUUAUGAAGCGGGAAAAAAUAAGAAAGAUUUACUAUUUUGGUGUCCGGAUGGCAGCAUUGUCCAAUGUUGUUGGUACGAGAUUCAAUUGAUAAUGUAAGGAUAAGUUGGGGAUUUCCAGGUUUCUAUCUUCUUAUGUAAUUAGACGACAACGACGACGACUCCUCUUUCCGUUUUACGAGGAGGUUGUUAAACCCUCUCUCUCGUCUCCAAUCGUAAUGCAACCCCCAAAAUCCAGCACUGAAUUAUCGUUAACCUCUUUUUUCCUAUUUACCAAUAUUGUUUUUGCCAAGGCAAAUACAGAGCAGAGAAACUUCGAGGACAAAAGGUGCCGAGACAAGUUUGAGUCAGCAUGCGAGAGGCUCUUCUAUGUUUGUGGUCAUGAAGUUUUUGCUGUUUUUUGAAGGGCUGGGGAAUUUCCCUUUUCGUUUCAGCAGCAAUGAUUGAAAAAACUAAUGAUGUGAUCAGAGAGAGGAGUUGUAUGUCAACGAUCCCAGAUAAUGGUUCUAUCUUUCUGAUUCAUGAAAAUGAUUCUCUGAUCCCAGAGAAUACCGAGCCUGAAGGUGGCCGUAUAAGAAGGUACUCCACUGGGGAUAUAACUAUCCCCUACACUAGAGUAAAUAUUCUUUCACGAUAUCUCGCAUCGUCAACUGGUUCCUGCAAUGAUUAUUGCAAAUAUGGAACAAAACAUGAUUCAGAAAUGAAGACAAGGAAUCCCAUAUUAAAGAGCAUCAAAGAAAAGCAAGGCAUGAAUAUGAAGAAGACUGUAAUUUUAGCAGAAAGACAGGGAGCAUUUCCAUCUCCUGGCUCAAAAAGACACAACUCCAGCGUUCCUAUUGUGACUGGGCGAAAAGUUUCAUCAUCAACCAAGAAAGAAAUUGUACUUUCAAAACGGCUUUUAUUACCUCUCAAGGUAAGAUCAGGUGCUGGUGAGAAGAAGUUGGUGGCACCACCAGCUCUUUCUUCAUCAGUCAAGAAAGUCCUGAUGCGACCAAUUGUUUCUGUGUUUUUCGAACAUUAUGUUAAAGGAGUUUCUCAACUGAAGGGUCAAAAUGAAGUUGUAAAGGCUGAAUACAAGCAACCUGGCUGUCAGGAUGUUUCAAAGAAGAGUUUGCCUAUCAGUGAAUUAGAUACUGAUGAGAACAAAGCUAUGAAACUUUCUCAAAUUGGAACUCUCACAGCUGGAUUGUCUGCACCUCCUGCUAAGAAGAUCAUGAGGCACACUAAGAAAGGAAUUCAUUCCACUCAUCUGCCUCCAUCCUCUGAGAAGAAGUGCGUUAGACAUAUUAAAGAUGGAACAGCUCGCACUAGUCGAACACCCAUAUCUUCUUUGGCAUCAUCCAAGUCUUCCCAUAGCAGUGCCUGCAAUGAAUGCUAUGUAACUGAUCUUAAGAACACUGCUGCAAACAAACUACCAUCUAAGACUAGGCCUAGGAAGGAUGCAGUAGUUUACACUACAGGUAAAGAUUCCGCAGCCAGAAAGGUAAAUUUUAGGUCAGGAAUGGUGGUUGAACUUCAGCCUGAAAAUAGAACUUCAAGGAGACUCAUAUUUAGGCGAAGAUCCCUUGGCGAAGGCCAAAUUGGUGAAACUGGUACCAGCAAAGACAACCUCAAGAGCAAAAAAGUUUGUGAAAAUGAAGCUAAUAGCGCAAAAAUGGAAUCGGAGAAAGUUGUUUUAGAACACCAAGAUAUGCAAGAAAAGAAAAAUGUGCAGAGUUUGUUAAAUAACAUGAUCGAGGAGACUGCAGUUAAGCUUGUCGAGAGCAGGAAGAGUAAGGUGAAAGCUCUGAUUGGUGCUUUCGAAACUGUGAUCUCUCUUCAGGAUUCCAAAACCUCGUCAACAGUUGGUGCUUAAGUUUCCAAUAUCUGUUUAUAUAUUUGAACAUAUAACUGUGUUUGUAUAUAAUAAUCUUAUUCAUGAAAAACACGAUAGAUAAAAAUAAUGGAGGUGACAUGAGAGUGAGUGAACUCACAAACUUGUGUGAAGCAAAGAAAGGCAAAAUUAUCCAUUGAGUUGAGCGAACGCUGAUGCAAUGCAUUCCUCUUGUUAAUGUUUUCA